AUGCUGAAAGUCUCCCGUACCGCUUUCAACAAAGCCUCGGGCAGUGUCCAAACUCGCCACACUGGCACUCUGAACUCACCACGUUCCUUGCACUCGAACUCUCCAUCGUUAUUAUCAGCGUCAUUUCACCACUAUCAUCCAACCACCUCAAUAAUACCCACCCCGACCUCGACUUCCAAGUCCAAGCCCAAAGUCCUCUCGCACCAUCUUACCUCCCCAUCCCUCUUCUCCUCAUCACCCCUCUCUCACUCCCACCCCCUCAGAACUUCACUCACACCCUCACCCACCCUCACCCACUCCCGCGACUUCCACGCGACCCCAUGUGUCUCAGACUUCCACUUCGACACGCACCAUUUCGUGCAGCGUCUCGAACGGGAAGGCCUGAACCGCGCGCAGGCGGAGGGAAUCAUGAGUGCUAUGGCGGAGGUCAUUGAUGAGAGUAUAAGGAAUAUGACGAGUAAUAUGGUCACGAAGGCGGAUCAGGAGAAGAGCCACUACACCCAACAAGUCGACUUCGCCCAGCUCAAAUCCGAAUUACAACUAAUGGAGAAAAACGACCUCGCGAUGAUCAAAGCGGAGAACGACCGGCUCGUGUCCGAUCUCGAGAAAUUGAGGCAGAGGCUGAGGGAGGAGAUUAGUAGGACGCAGGGAGGGGUCAGACUGGAUCUGAAUUUGGAGAAGGGAAGGUUGAGGGAGGAGGCGAGUCGGCAGGAGUUGAAGAUGAAGGAGGUGGAUACGAGGAUCGAGCAGGAGAUUGCGGGGUUGAGGGCGGCGAUUCAGGGGUCUAAGGCUACGACGCUGCAGUAUCUUGUUGGUUUCGUCACCGGUUGCUCAGCUCUGCUGAUGGCCUACCUUCGCUUCCGGCUUUGA